AGGUGUUCAAAAUUGCAUGGCUGAAGAAUUGUUCCAAGAAAAAUUGAGAUCCAGCUAGCAUUUUCUCUUCUCAAGAAGCUGUAGACGUAGUUAAAGCCAGUGCGUUGUUUCGCCCACAAAACAGAGUGACAGAGAGAAACAGUGCAAGGUUUGAUGAGGACAAGUUUCAUUUUAUUUUUUAUCGAUGAAAGACUCACCUGACGUUGGCCGUCAAGGAAGAUGAGCAUGUGGGCAGGUCGAAAACAAAAACUCAAACAAACACAGUUAUUUCUACAUUUGUGUCGCUUUCGCUAGAACGAACUGAACUGGACAAAAUCUUAAGAGGUGAGGCAUUUGAGGAGAGAGGAAUGAAACUUUUCAAAAGAGGCUUCUUUGUUUUUCGACAUUUUUUUGUCGAGUUAAAUAAUCGAACACUUAUUCGCUGUUAAUUUAUUAUAAUUCAUAUCAUAUUUUGAAGAAUACGAGCAUCGGCGAGUACAGCCAUGACGGAUCGUUCACUUUCGUUAGUUUGCGUGGAAUCGUUCAUGUUUCUCAUCAUCAACAUUGCAGCAAUCAUUGGGAACACGUUUGUCGUUGCUGCCAUUUCAAGAAACAGGGAUCUUCGAAAAAUUACUCACUGCUACAUUUUAACCUUGGCAAUUUCUGAUUUGUUCGUCGCAGUCACUUGUAUGCCGUUAACUUUGGGUGCUUCCCUGAAAGGUCGCUGGCUUUACAGUGACAUCACAUGCCAGCUUCAAGGUCACGUGAUGCAAGUGUGGGCGUGUUUUUCUUUGACAAUCGUGUCAGUGACCGCCAUUAAUCGAUAUUAUCGCGUUGUGCGACCCAUUCGUUACAGAAAAAUCUUCACCAAGCGAUUUACACUGGUAACUACGAUCUCCCCUCUCGUUAUUUGGGCGUGUCUGGACAUCGGAAUGAUGUCUGUUAUGGACGCCCGUUUUAAAUUUGCCCCACAUUUUUUCUGCACGCCUUAUCUCACAAACAAGCUCAUGAAGAGGGCUGUUGCUUUGCCUAUUUAUCUUUCGUUUAUCGUAGUCGCCCUGUUCGUAGUUCUGAUUUGCUAUUUCAAGGUUUAUCGCGUUGUUCGUAGACAUGUGAUUCUGGUUCGUCCAAAUAUUGUAGGAGCAUCGUUUCAACCCGGAAAUGAGAACAAACUUUCUUGUCGCGUCGAUGAGAUCAAUGCUACAAAAAUGGUUUUCGUUAUAAUUAUGGUCAACUUCCUUCUCUGGAUUCCAGUUUGUAUAAUCGGUGCGCUGUAUUUUUGCGACAUUGUUAUGCCAAAAUGGACGCAUUUGAUGUAUGAUUACUUGAUGUUCAUAACAGCUGCGACAAAUCCGCUGAUUUACGGACUCAUGAACAAGGCUUUUAGGGACGAGUAUCUUCGAAUUUUGAAGUGCAAGAGGAGCGCGAACAACAUCAGCUAGUUUGGCAGAUUUUGGAACUGUGUAACACACUGAGUUCUACAACAGGUGAUGUCUAGGUUACUCCCACAACAUGAAGUGAGGAGUAAAAAAGCCUCAUGUCUGAGUCACUAGAAACUUGUGUCGUGACGUUUGGCCACAUUUUUUAACCUGUGUUCUUAUAGAAUGCAAUGACAAAUUAAAGAACUUAAUGGUGCCUUAAAUAUAGCAUUUAGAGUUAAUAAAGUUCCCGUCAG